CCCUGAAGCCGUGCGCUGAUAACUGGGUGGUGUGUGAGUGUGUGAUUCAGUCGGCCGUGCGGUCGUGUAUCCUGAUCGAAAGCUGUGUUCAGCUGGAUUACACAUCGCCACAGUUAUUUCUUUGGCCACUCGUGGUGAUUCGGAUGCUUUGUUUUGCGUUGUGAGUGUGUAGGUUAUACACAGGGAGUGUUCCUCUGCAGUAGCGUGGUGUUUUUCUUCGUGCGGACUCUGACUCAUCAUCACACACUCACACUAAACCCAUGGCACAGGAGAGUUUUUAACUCCGUUUGGUUUUGAUCAUGAUGUAACCGAAGGAACUGCGGGAAUGCACUUGUUUAUCUUUGUGAUAAACCACACGUAAGCACGUCUUUACAUGUAAACAAGUGUGUAGAUCGGACAGAUCGGACGUUGUCUCUGUCGCUGGCUUGGAGGACUGGGAACUGGUCGUAAAUGGAUCGCCAUUCCAGUUUCGUUUCACUUUGGCUUCAGCUGGAACUCUGUGCCAUGGCCGUGCUCCUCACUAAAGGAGAGAUCAGGUGCUACUGUGAUGCUCCGCAGUGUGUUGCCACUGGAUACAUGUGCAAAUCGGAGCUCAACGCCUGUUUUACCAAGGCUUUGGACCCAUUUAACACAAACUCCCCAUUAACACAUGGAUGUCUAGACCCACUAUUAAACUCUGUGGAUGUGUGCACUCAGACCUCGGAUGUUUCAAAUGGAGGCCCGUCUCCUAUUGAGUGCUGUCAUGAUGAUAUGUGCAACUACCGGGGUUUACCCAGUAUUGUUCACACACGAAGUGACCCCACAGAUCGUUCAAGCUCAAACCAGAACUUGAUCACACGAGUUCAAGAGUUAGCCUCAGCGAAGGAGGUAUGGUUCCGGGCGGCUGUGAUCGCCGUACCCAUCGCAGGAGGCCUGAUCCUGGUGCUGCUCAUCAUGUUGGCACUCCGCAUGCUGCGCAGCGAGAACAAGCGGCUCCGGGUGCAGAGACAGCAGAUGCUCUCACGCUUGCACUACAGUUUCCAUGGGCAUAACCAUGCCAAGAAGGGCCACAUGGCAAAGCUGGACCUGGAGUGCAUGGUGCCUGUGACUGGCCAUGAGAACUGCUGUGCAGGUUGCGAUAAACUCCGUCAGGCUGAACUGAGCGCACAAGGGGGCGAACGAUUCCUCUCACUCGUGCACUGGGGCAUGUACACAGGCCACGGGAAACUUGAGUUCGUAUGACUAGUGACUAUUUCACCGUGCCUCUGUGCUGGGACUGAACUCGCUCGCUGGUCUCUGGGCACCAGAGUGAAGACCUUCACCAUGCUUGAACUGAGUAGCAUUUUGUUGCUGUACUAUGAUUAUUAUUAUUAUUAUUAUUAUUAUUUUCCAUUUGCAUUGUAAUUUUAUUGUUUUCCUUUGUAAAUGGAGAGAGAAAUGCUUUUUUUUCCCCUUGAUGGAGCACUUUACUUGAAUUAGAGCUUGAGAGGGCAGAGUUGUUGAAAUAAGCCUUUCAAGCCCUGUCCUGUGGAUCCUUGACUGACACUGAAGACUGAAGGAUUCAUCUUAUUUGCACAUUUGUAUAAAAUCGAGAUGAAAAUACUUUUUUGCAUUUAAAAAAAAAAAAAAAAAAAAAAAAAAAAAUUCACUGACACCAGGGUACAAAUAGGACCUUUUUUCAGUCAAGUUCUAUAAAUAAAGGACUCAGUGUUGACUGUAAAUGUUUAAA